AUGGCUCGUUCCCAGAAACAAGGUAAAAUGAACAAGCUGCGCACGUCAUCCCGCAAAGCCAUGAACGCGUCCGGGUAUGCGAAACGGCAACAAUCGCUGAAAUCCAAGACUCCAUCAGGAGGUCGGAGGGAUAUUUCAGACGUUUAUGAUUAUCAGCCUGAAAAAGUCCGGCGCUCAAAAGUGGGACUCCAGGUGGGGAGGGACGAAUGGGCUGGGUUUACGGGCGGAGAUGGGACCGAAGACGAGGAGGAGACCGGUGGUCCGAGUGGUGGCAGGAGACCGAGGUUGGUCGGGGAGAAUGACAAUGAUAGCGGAAUUGGAUCAGAAGACGACGAAGAGAUCGACAGUGAUGAGGCGUUCGAGGAGAGCGAUGAGGAGCGAUUCGCCGGGUUUGAUUUCUCCCACAAGAACAAGGGAAAGUCGAAGUCAAAACCCAAGAAAAAGCAACCUGCCGAACGCGCUGUACGGUUUGCAGAAGUUGAUCUAAACGAGGACACCGAUCAGGACGAAGAGGAGGAAGGUUUGGAGGACGGCGACGGCAGUGUGUCCGAGGAUGGCGAGGAAGAAGAGGAGGGCUAUCCGGACGAGUUCAUUGAUGUCUUGGACAUACUGGACGGCAGAGGGGAGCCGGAGAGCGGGAACAACAUGGGCGAGAAGGAGAAGGAGGGCGCUGAAUCAAGGAAAAACAAGAAAACCGAGAAACCGAUAUUGAAUGUGCAGGGAGUUGAUGAAGGGAACGAUGACGAGGAUGAAGAAAUGGAUGCUGGAGAUGGUGAAGGGGAAUCGCAAUUCCAGGCAUCAGAGGAAGAGGACGACGAUCACCGUAUAUCGGCCUCGGAGGGGGAAGACGAGGACCUUUCUGCGCUUCAGAAUCUCGAGGAUUUUGUCUCAAGUCUGGAUGUGGGUCAGAAACGCAAGGCCCCGGACGAUGCAGAGGGCACUGAAGGGCGCGGAGACGAUACGAUUCGGGCGAGGAAGAGGAGAAUUCUGAAGGAAAGAACCGAGGCCGGUGAAGAGAACGAGUUCGCUGCCCACUUAGGCGGCGAGAAGUUAAAACUCGACGACCUGCUCGCCCCGCUCAUUGCUCAAUCCUCUAACCUUCUGUCCCUGAGGAAGUCGGCAAAGAUCUUGACAUCACAGUCAGGAUCGAACAAGACGUUGUCUGCACCUCUUCCACAACGAACAGCGGAACGGUUGGACCGUGAAGCCGCAUAUGAGCAGACGAAGGAGGAGGUCGAUAAGUGGAAGGCAACCAUGCAACGCAUCAGAGAUGCCGAACAUCUCAGCUUUCCACUACAAGCGCACCCCGCGGGGAAAACAUCGAACCUGGAAUUGGCAGCCAAGUUCAAGCCUACGACAGAACUCGAGAGUGCUGUCGAUAAGCUACUGAAGUCUGCAAAGAUGCGCGAGGAAGACAUUGCACAGACUGAGGCCCUAAAAAUGAACCAUCUGUCGGUUGAGGAGGUCGCCGCGCGACGCGCAGAGCUCGCGAAGAUGCGGGAUUUAAUGUUUCGUGCGGAGGCGAAGGCGAAGCGUGUCGCAAAGAUUAAGAGCAAGACUUACCGACGCAUUAAGAAGAAAGAACGUAUACGUCUAGCUGCCAAGUUAGGCGAGCUGAAUCAAGAGGAUCCAGAAAGCGAUGAGACGAGGUUCAAGCGUGAGUUGGACAGGGCAAGGGAGAGGGCGACUUUGAGGCACAAGAACACCGGGAAGUGGGCCAAGGCGAUGAAGACUCGAGGGGAGUUGGAUGAAGACCAGAGAAGAGAGAUUUCGGAGAUGCUGGAUCGUGGAGAGAAGUUGCGAAGAAAGAUUCGUGGGGAACGUGACAGUGGAGAUGAGAGCACUGAAGGCGGCGAGAGCGAGGACGAGGACGAGGAGGCGACCAUACAGCGGAUCAAGGCGAGCGCGUUCGAGGAACUCAACAGACUGGAUGCACAAGAGGAUGCAGAUGUCAAGAGCGGGAAAAAAGGCAAGAGUUUAUUCGACAUGAAGUUCAUGAAGGACGCUACAGCCAGGAAUCAGAAAAGAGUGGAUGAAGAUGUGGACGACUUCAUCAGAGAAAUGGGUGGCGCGGUACUCGACGAGGACGCCGAAGGUGCCGAAUUGGUUGAUCAGGAGCAAUCUCAUGGGGCAACCGUCGAGCGUGUAGGAGGCCGUGUCACGUACCGUCCAGGUGUAGGUUCUAUCUCAUUACGCCCUGUUGGUUCCAUUCCAUCCGAUACUUCGAGUGUCACAUUGAAGUCCUCUGACUUCCUGGACCCGCACUCCGACUCACCACCAUUAGAUUCUCCUGUAGCUCGACACUCCUACCCCCCUUCGGCUAUCGCUGAAAUCAACCCAUGGUUGGUACCACAAACGAAUGUCAGUGGGCCAAUGCAGAAAAAGCAUGAGGUGGCAGUGAGUAAAAACAGUGCAGCUGCUGAAAAAUCUAGGAACAAGCUCCGCAAGAGCGCGAAAAAGCAGGAAGAAGAGAAGGAGCUCGCUAAGGAUGAUGCCACCGUGGAAAUCUCCAUGACGGAAGUCAUCACUCUGGCCAGCAGUAGCAAGGCUUUAGGGUCGUCAUCUCCUGAGAGUCAUUCGAACACUAUUUCUGCCGCCAAGCCGUCCACGAUAUCUGGCGCUGAGGACGAGGACUCUGAAGUGAAUAGCGAGCUGGAGGAACAGGAGAGAAACCUAGAUCGUAAGGGUAAGGGUAAGGGUAAGGUCAAAGCGAACCGCAUCCAGGCUUUCGCCCAGCGCGAUCUCGUAGCCCUUGCUUUCGCUGGUGAUCGCGUUGUCCAGGAUUUCGCGGAGCAAAAACGGCGCGAGAUUCAGGAAGAUGCGCCACACGAGGUGGACACUACACUUCCUGGAUGGGGGUCAUGGGGUGGGGUAGGCACAAAGAAAGCACCCCCCAAACCACAUCUCAUCAAGAAGGUACCAGGGGUAGACCCGUCUUCUCGUGCAGACCACAACAAAGCGCACGUUAUUAUCUCCCAGAAGCGCGAUAAGAAGGCGGCCAAGUACUUGGUUAAAGACCUGCCAUACCCGUAUACCAGCAAGGCGCAGUUUGAGCGCAGCGUCGAGACGCCACUGGGUACCGAGUGGAAUACGAGGGUAGCAUUUCAACGCGCGACGUUGCCUAGAGUGGUCAAGAAGCCUGGCAUGAUCAUUUCACCUCUGGAGAAGUUGCUCUGA